CCCAUUACCCUACCUUUCAGGAUUUGAAAUUCCAAAUACAAAUCUCCCUCUUCCUCGAGCUCUGAUCUCAGGAAUGGCACUAAGGAUCGUCUACGGCGUGGUGUUCCUCUCCGUCUCCUGUGCCUGCUUCAUGUUCCUCCACCUCAUUCUCCACCCGAUCUUCUACUUCACCUCCUGAUCCGUGCUGCUCAAAUCGGCUUGGUUUUCCGAUUCUUAAUUUCGAUUUUUCAAUACCUUCUGUUAUGAUUGGUUGAAACCGGAAAGGAAAGGGAAAGUUCUUUUUUUUUUUCUCUUUUUUCCUUUGUUGCCGUGUAAUUCCAGACUCUUUCUUGUUUGGUUUUUUAUUGGUUGUCUGUUCUGAGAUGCCCAUUUGUGAUUGCUGUUUGUUUUGGUUGUUUCCAUGUGGACUCAAUUUUAAUGUUGAUUCCCUGUAUUAUCUCAAUUUUGAGUUUUUUGGUUCAUCAUGAAAUUUGUAUGAGCAAACUUUGAAACGCGAUUGUCAAUGCGUAAUGAAAAUGAUCCGGUUAU